GUGCAGGUUGGAGAAAACAUCCAACGCGAGGUUCGGGUUCCUGAACGCCCCAUCUUUAAGCCCCACCAGAGCUCCGUUAGCUGCGGGACUUCAGAGGAACCUCCGGGAGCCUGUCUGGUCGUCGGGACCGCAGCCACUCCACACUCAUGGAAAUCAUUAUUUCAAGGCCUUGAAAAAGGAGAAGAAUUCAAGUUCCCUCGAGGGUCUGAAAAUGAUAGAAACAAUGGAUACACAGCGUGCCUUGCAGGCGGUGGAGCGUCUCCAGGCCAAACUGAAGGAGCGGGGAGAGGUGCCCACUGAGGAGAAGCUCAGCCUGCUGAAAUCAGUGCUUCAAAGCCCUCUCUUCCACCAGAUCCUGGCCUUGCAGAAGUCUGUCCAGCACCUCAGAGACCAGGGGAACAUCACGUCAUCCACAGGGAGUGACCUCAGUGAUCAAAGCACGUUCGUCAAACCCAGCACGAGCCAUGUUUCCUCAUCCGAUACCGCCGCUGCUUCAUGCAUCAAUGGACAAACGGCGUCUGUGGAAUUUGAACAUGUUAUCCAGUCGAUGGCACAGGGCCGCUACGUGACACAUGUGGAGCUGCAGAAGCCAGCGUCGGGAGGCCUUGGCUUUAGCGUGGUGGGACUGAAGAGCGAGAACCGUGGAGAACUCGGCAUCUUUAUUCAAGAAAUUCAACCAGGAAGUGUUGCUUACUGCAGUGAUGGGAAGCUCAAAGAGGCUGAUCAGAUCUUAGCCAUAAACGGUCAGCCUCUGGAUCAGACUGUGACCCACCAGCAAGCCAUAGGCCUCCUGCAGAGCGCUUCAGAGAGGGUGCAGCUCACCGUGGCUAGAGGACCCAUACCCCAGCUUACCAGUGCAGCGGCAGCGGUGUCCCGCACGCCUUCAGCUGCUAGCACACUGUCAGCCCACUCCAGCGCGUGGCAGCAUGUGGAGACAAUUGAGUUGGUGAAUGACGGUACUGGGCUUGGCUUCGGUAUUGUUGGAGGGAAAACCACCGGGGUUAUCGUCAAGACGAUCCUUCCAGGAGGCAUAGCUGAUCAGGACGGGCGCCUGAGAAGUGGGGAUCACAUCCUGAGAAUUGGAGAGACCGAUCUGUAUGGGAUGGGCAGCGAGCAGGUGGCCCAGGUCCUCAGGCAGUGUGGCAACAGGGUGAAGCUGGUGGUCACCAGGGGUCCUGUGGAGGAGCCUCCCUCUGCCGUCAUGUCCGUGGUGCUCCCCACUGUCACUGAACAGCAGGGCAGCGAGGAAGACGAGGCUGAAACAUUCGAUGUGACUCUAACCAAGAAUGCGCAGGGACUGGGGAUCACUAUUGCUGGUUAUGUUGCAGAUAAAAAUUCAGAGCCCUCGGGGAUCUUUGUUAAAAGCGUAACAAGAGACAGCGCCGUAGAUCAAGACGGCCGCAUUCAUGUUGGAGACCAGAUCAUCGCUGUUGAUGGGGUAAACAUUCAGGGAUACACCAAUCAGCAGGCGGUGGAGGUGCUCAGACACACCAGCCAGACGGUCCACCUUAAGCUGAUCCGACGGGGCUUUAGGCCCGACGACACCGUACCCCCCGCUGUCUCCGUCUUGCCCCCUUCUGCCACCAUCAUCACCACUGCCACCGUGAUGAAGGAGCUGGAGCUGGACAGGAAGAAAAUGGAGGAGCCCAUCCAAGCCACCAUAGUGGAGAAGCAGCUGCAGACAACAAAUGAAGGAUGUGUUGGCGACCCAGCCAUGGAUCAGCCAACAAAAGACACGCAUGGGUUGAAGUUAACUCCUUUUGAAGAAGAAGAACUAAUGAAGAAGUGGCAGGAGAUUCUUGGCCCAAGUAAUGAAGUCAUAGUGGCUCAGGUGGAGAAGUUCACUGAGAACAGCGGCCUAGGCAUCAGUCUCGAAGCCAACAGUGGUCACCAUUACAUCCGUUCCGUCCUUCCUGAGGGACCUGUUGGCCGAUGCGGCAAGCUGUUCAGUGGUGACGAGCUGUUAGAGGUCAAUAAUAUUUCCCUGAUUGGUGAGACCCACAAAGAGGUGGUGAGGAUCUUGAAGGAACUCCCGAUCUGUGUUUACAUGACUUGCUGUCGGCCUGCUCCCGAUCUUCAGACCGACCUGGAGUCGGUCCAGACUGCUUCAGAGUCUCUGUCCACAUCGUAUACCUUAAAGAAGAGUAUAGACCUCAGCACUACAGUGGCUGCUGAAGUCUCAGAGGUGAGCACUAGUGCAGCGAUCAGGGAUAGUAUGACAGAGGAGGUGACAGGAUCUCCUCUAGCCAUGUGGGAGUCGGAGAUUCAGAACAUCGAGCUUGAAAAGGGAGAAGGGGGAUUGGGAUUCAGUAUUUUGGAUUACCAGGAUCCACUGGAUCCCACGAAGACAGUGAUUGUGAUCCGCUCUCUAGUUCCGAGUGGUGUCGCAGAGCAGGACGGCAGGCUGUUGCCAGGAGACCGAUUGAUGUACGUGAACACCAUGAACUUGGAGAACGCCAGCCUGGAAGAAGCUGUCCAGGCCCUUAAGGGGGUCAAACUGGGCAAGGUUCAGAUCGGAGUCGCCAAGCCGCUUCCUGGAAUAUGUGGAUAUUCCCACCCUCCACACCCAUAUGGUGAGCAGGAAAUAACUCCAUCAUCCACCAUCCAUUCAUUUGACUUCAACAGUAUUAUGGUUGAAGAAGGAGAGGAAGAAGAGCUGACCGAGGGCGUCCUUUACCGAGCAGAACCCGCAUUGAUUGAGACCAGUGAAGGGGACCUGUCUGAUGAAAAGCUGUUGCUGGGUCAUUCCUACACUGGGAUGGAGGACGAUACUUUCCAGGCGUCUAUGAUUGCUCUCCACGGCAGCAGCUGCAGCGCUGACUUGGAUUACCUGCACUCGUCCACACCAAGGCUGACAGCUCGUCUCAACGUGUUGGACGAGCAUCCCAGCUUCACAGACAACGCUCCAGUGUUCUCUCCCGAGAAGUUGGCCUCUUACGAUCCAGAGAGUCUGACGGGUCACAUCCCAGCUAGUAAUGCCCUCCUAAGCAGCUCAGAUCAAUACCUGGCACAGAACCCCAGCGCAGAGGAACCAGUGGAGUGCUCAGACUCGUACGGCCCGUUAGCUGAAAUGGGAGGCAGAUCUGCUGUCCAGGAGGCGUCCGUGGACCUCGGUCACUGUCAAAUAGAACCUUUUGAGGAUAUCGGAACUAUGACAUCUUUUAAGGACGAGGACGUUGGUGUGAAAGAAUCCAUAGAAGAUGGUGACAAAGCAGCACUGACCUCAGGGAGCAGUUUUGAAAGGACUAUCACUGUUGUCAAGGGCAACUGCAGCCUCGGCAUGACCGUGAGCGCCAUGAAAGACGGUCUGGGGAUGCUGGUCCGUAGCAUCAUCCACGGGGGGUCCAUUAGUCGAGAUGGACGACUGGGGGUUGGUGACCUUAUCUUGGCCAUCAAUGGAGAGCCCACCACCAACCUGACCAACGUCCAAGCUCGGGCCAUGCUCAGGAGGCACUGUCUCAUCGGAUCGGACCUCGGAUCUGCUUGUGCACCUGAGGAUGAUCUGUGCCCAUUUUAUGUUAUCACUUACGUCCCCGCUGAGUACCUGGAGGAGUACAAGGCCAGCGUGGAGCAGACUAAAGAUGAUGUAUUCUCUGAACUUUCCUCAAAAGAUCUUCCCAACCUCCCUGAGCGUGAGGAUGGAGAGGGGGAGGAGAGCACCACUUACAGCAACUGGAAUCAGCCUAGAAAAGUGGAGCUUUUCAGAGAGCCAGGCAAGUCUCUGGGGAUCAGCAUUGUCGGAGGCCGGGGGAUGGGCAGCCGUCUGAGCAGCGGAGAGGUGAUGAGGGGCAUUUUCAUCAAACACAUCCUGGAGGACAGUCCUGCUGGACAGAAUGGGACCUUGAAGACUGGGGACAGGAUUGUUGAAGUGGAUGGAGUCGAUUUAAGAGACGCAAGUCAUGAAGAAGCUGUGGAAGCCAUACGAAGGGCGGGAAACCCCGUCUCCUUCCUGGUCCAGAGUAUUAUCCACCGACCCAGGAAGCCGCCCCUGCCCUUUCUACAGCUAAAUAGCCAACACAACUCCAGCCGCUGCCGCACUAAUCAAAGCUUCUUAGCAGCUGCCCUCCCUCAGCAACAGCCAUCGAUAUCAGACUCCAGCAAGGAGAGGGCUGCGACAAAGGACGUCAAGGACAAGGAGGGUGAAAGUCACAGUAGACUUUUUCUCCGCCUCUCCCCAACUAACCCUUUCACUCCUACCCCGUUUAAGCCAGCCAAGCGCGAAGCAGCAAAGGCGCCGCCUGCCAGCGCCAUCCUCCCUCUGCUGCCAGUGGUGCCCCAUGUGGGUGAGAGUGAUACAGACGCACUCGCUGACAGUCCUGGCGGACCUGGAGAAACGGCAGAGGAGGAUGAAGAGGAGGAGGAUGAGUUCGGAUACAGCUGGAAGAACAUAGUCCAGCGCUAUGGCAGCCUCCCAGGAGUGCUCCACAUGAUGGAGCUGGAGAAAGGCAAGAUGGGCCUGGGCCUCAGCCUGGCAGGGAACAGGGACCGAUCCCGCAUGAGUGUGUUCGUGGUGGGCAUAGAUCCCAACGGGGCAGCUGGCAGGGAUGCACGUAUGGUUGUGGGGGAUGAGCUGCUGGAGAUCAACGGACACGUUCUUUAUGGCCACAGCCAUCAGAAUGCGUCGUCUAUUAUCAAGAGUUCCUCAUCCAAAGUCAAAAUCAUCUUUAUCAGGAACACGGAGGCACUGAACCAGAUGGCUGUGGGACCUGUGAGAGAGCACGAGGGAGGCGCAGAGGAGCCCCACGCUGCUGAGCCUCAGCUGGCUGCAGAAUACGACGGUGAUGCGUCCGAACAUGUUCAUCCUGUGGUAAAGGUUGAGGAGGAUGAAGGACUCCCUUUCAGUGAGGGGAACACAGAGCCAGAAGUUGAGAUUGAGAGUAUAUAUGAAAUGAUGGGAGACACGGGACAGCUUGUGUUUGUGCAGGGGGGCAUCCUGCAUCCAGGAGACUCCUGUUUAUCUGUGAAUGGAGAAACGGACAGGGAGAGCUCAGAUGACGUCGCCGUCCGCCUUCCCAGCAUGCUUAGCGCCACAACAAGUACCUUGAGUCAACUUGAGGCAGAAGCCGUCACUAGUUUUAGCCGCUCGUCCACCCCGUCCUCUCUGACGUGCGACCCAGCGACCUGUCCCAUCAUCCCCGGCUGUGAGACCACCAUCGAAAUCUCUAAAGGCCACACUGGGCUGGGCUUGAGCAUCGUGGGAGGUUACGACACCCUGCUGGGAGCCAUCAUUAUCCAUGAAGUAUAUGAAGAAGGAGCAGCUUCCAAAGAUGGCCGACUGUGGGCAGGAGACCAAAUCUUGGAGGUGAACGGUAUCGACCUUCGUGCAGCCAGCCACGACGAGGCCAUCAACGUGCUGCGGCAGACCCCUCAGAGGGUUCGGCUGACCGUCUACAGGGACGAAACUCAGUACAAGGAGGAGGAUCUGUGGGACUCCUUCACUGUGGAGCUGCAUAAGAAGCCUGGUCAGGGUCUGGGCCUGAGCAUAGUGGGGAGGAGAUCAAGGGAUCACAGGAACGACACUGGAGUGUUUGUGUCUGACGUUGUAAAAGGGGGUCUGGUGGACUCCGAUGGUCGACUGAUGCAGGGCGACCAGAUUCUGUCUGUGAAUGGAGAAGACGUCAAGUCAGCCACUCAGGAGGCCGUAGCUGCCCUGCUUAAGUGCUGCGUGGGGCCGAUAAAGAUAGAAGUGGGGCGCUUUAAGGCCGGGCCUUUUCACUCUGAAAGGAGACUUUCCCAAAGCAGUCAGGUUAGUGAAACAGGCAGCCCCAAAAUGGUCCAUCAGUCAGGUUCUGACUCUGGAAACCUUCCUAGAGAUUCAGACCAACUCAGCAAAAGUCUGGACUCAGUGGAGCACCAGGACCUGAGAACCGUUGAGCUCACUAAAGGCCCUGGCGAUUCUCUGGGUAUCAGCAUAGCCGGUGGGUUGGGCAGCCCUCUGGGAGAUAUACCCAUCUUCAUCGCCAUGAUGAACCCCGCCGGCUUGGCUGCUCAGACACAGCUCAAGAUAGGAGACAGAAUUGUCAGCAUUUGUGGAACCUCUGCUGAAGGCAUGAGCCACUCACAGGCUGUCAGUCUGCUCAAGAACGCCACAGGCACCAUACAGCUGCAGGUGGUUGCCGGUGGCGACACCACUGUGACAGGUCCCUCCCAGAAGCACGAAGGUGGGUGUCUGACGCCCAGCAGCAUCUUCCAGGAUGACAUCGGGCCUCCUCAGUACAAAACCAUUACUCUUGAAAGAGGACCUGACGGUCUUGGGUUCAGUAUAGUCGGCGGGCACGGCAGCCCUCACGGAGACCUGCCAAUUUACGUCAAAACCGUUUUCGGAAAGGGGGCGGCAGCGGAGGACGGCCGUCUGAAACGCGGAGACCAGAUUAUGGCCGUGAACGGUCAGACUCUGGAAGGAGUCACCCACGAAGAAGCUGUCGGCAUCCUGAAAAGGACCAAAGGAACUGUCACGCUCACUGUGCUUUCAUAAACAGACUGUAGAUGAAGAUGUUUAAUACCCUCGCACCAAAAUAUCAUGCAAAGACUGAGACUGUACCUUUAUAAGACCCAAGUAGAUGAUCACAGAGAAGCUUGUAGGUGUGAACACUGAGAAGAAACCAGGCAGCAGUAGAUUUUAAGUCAUGUGAAUCAUUCCACAACACUGGAUUAAAGAGCGUUGAUGCUGCUCUGAAGGAAAUCAUGUGAAGUCCCUGAAGAGUGUGUGGUGUGUGUGUGUGUGUGUGUGUGUGUGUGUGUGUGUGUGUGUGUGUGUGUGUGUGUGUGUGUGUGUGUGUGUGUGUGUGUGUGUGUGUUGUAACAGGCCUCUCGUACUGCUAGAGGUCAUAUAUAAAGUAUUAUCUCACAGUAUUUUUAAGUAUUAAAUUCACAGAAAAAUAUCAGACAUUUAUGUUGUUUGAUUUUGUGUUUCUGACUUUUCAUGUGAAAACACACCUGUCUGCAGGUGUGGAAGCUACUACUCAAAUUCUGAGGUGUGGCUGAAGAAUGAAACUUCCAUUUUCUGCUUCAUUACCUGAAGUGUAUUUCUAGUCCUACUGAGUUCUUCCACAAUGAAUUAAGAAUAAAAAGUGACCUUAGGAAUCAGUCA